AACGACGGCGCGGCUGGGAUCCGGGAGUCGUCAGCUGCGGCUUGAGCACUAAGCUUCCACGAGGCCUGGGCGCCCAGGUUGUGGGAGCCGGCUUGGGGCCCAGGGUGCGGGAUGGCAGUGCCUACGGCUCACGGAGAAGGGGCUUCACGUCACUCCGGGUCCUCCCGGCCGGUCUUGCCAUAUUAGGGCUUCCUGCUUCCCAUAUAUGGCCAUGUACGUCACGGCGGAGGCGGGUCCGUGUCGUUUCAGACCCUUCAAAUAGAGGCGGAUCCGGGGAGUCGCGAGAGAUCCCAGCGCGCAGAACUUGGGGAGCCGCCGCCGCCGCCAGCUGCCACCGCCGCCGCCGCCAGCUGCCGCCGCCGCAGGACUGGCCGCUACCCCAGCCUCGGCAGCAGCGCCGCGUCCACAUUGGCCAGCGGCGAGGGCGAGCCUGCGGACCCCACCUGUACUCUCGCGCCCCGCAUGUGACCGCGCCCCGCAUGUGACCUGGCCAGGCCCCCGAGAGGCGUCCCCCGCAGCUCCGGCCCCGGGCUGCGCCCAGCCGCCCCAACACGAACUCUCCAGCCCGCCGGACCGGGAUGGCGGCAGCCAAGGCCGAGAUGCAGCUGAUGUCCCCGCUGCAGAUCUCCGACCCCUUUGGCUCCUUUCCUCAUUCGCCCACCAUGGACAACUACCCUAAGCUGGAGGAGAUGAUGCUGUUGAGCAGUGGGGCUCCCCAGUUUCUCGGUGCCGCCGGGCCCCCGGAGGGCAGCGGCAGUAACAGCAGCAGCAGCAGCGGGGGCGGUGGAGGUGGAGGGGGCGGCAGCAACAGCAGCAGCAGCAGCGCCUUCAACCCUCAGGGGGAGGCAGGCGAGCAGCCCUACGAGCACCUGACCGCAGAGUCUUUUCCUGACAUUUCUCUGAAUAACGAGAAGGUUCUAGUGGAGACGAGUUACCCCAGCCAAACCACCCGGCUGCCCCCUAUCACCUACACUGGCCGUUUCUCUCUGGAGCCUGCACCCAACAGUGGCAACACCUUGUGGCCUGAGCCCCUGUUCAGCCUGGUCAGUGGCCUCGUGAGCAUGACCAACCCACCAGCCACCUCAUCCUCAGCAUCAUCUCCAGCGGCCUCCUCCUCCUCCUCCGCCUCCCAGAGCCCACCUCUGAGCUGUGCAGUGCAGUCUAACGACAGCAGCCCUAUUUACUCAGCGGCACCAACGUUCCCUACACCUAACAAUGACAUCUUCCCUGAGCCACAAGGCCAGGCCUUUCCAGGCUCAGCAGGCACCGCGCUUCAGUAUCCACCUCCUGCCUACCCUGCUGCUAAGGGUGGCUUCCAGGUCCCCAUGAUCCCUGACUAUCUGUUUCCACAACAGCAGGGGGACCUGGGCCUGGGCACCCCAGACCAGAAACCCUUCCAGGGCCUGGAGAGCCGUACCCAGCAGCCUUCGCUCACUCCACUCUCCACCAUCAAGGCCUUUGCCACACAGUCGGGCUCCCAGGACCUAAAGGCCCUCAGCAACACCUACCAGUCCCAGCUCAUCAAACCCAGCCGCAUGCGCAAGUACCCCAACCGGCCCAGCAAGACGCCCCCCCACGAACGCCCCUACGCCUGCCCUGUGGAGUCCUGUGACCGCCGCUUCUCUCGCUCAGAUGAGCUCACCCGCCACAUUCGCAUCCACACUGGCCAGAAGCCCUUUCAGUGCCGCAUCUGCAUGCGCAACUUCAGCCGCAGUGACCACCUCACCACCCACAUCCGCACCCACACAGGCGAGAAGCCCUUCGCCUGUGACAUCUGUGGGAGAAAGUUUGCCAGGAGCGAUGAACGCAAGAGGCAUACCAAAAUCCACUUGCGGCAGAAGGACAAAAAAGCAGACAAAAGUGUGGCCUCUGCCGCCACCUCCUCUCUCCCUUCCUACCCGUCCCCGGUGGCUACCUCCUACACGUCCCCAGUCACUACCUCUUACCCAUCCCCAGCCACCACCUCAUACCCAUCACCGGUGCCCACCUCCUACUCCUCUCCUGGCUCCUCGACCUACCCAUCCCCUGUGCACAGUGGUUUCCCAUCACCCUCGGUGGCCACCACAUACUCCUCCGUUCCUCCUGCUUUCCCCGCCCAAGUCAGCAGCUUUCCUUCCUCAGCUGUCACCAACUCCUUCAGCGCCUCCACAGGGCUUUCGGACAUGACAACCACCUUUUCUCCCAGGACAAUUGAAAUUUGUUGAAAGGGAAAGGGGAGAAAAUGAAACACAAGAGACUUAAAGGACAGAAGGAGGAGAGGGCCAUAAGAGGGGGUUCCUCUUAGGUCAGAUGGAGGUUCUCAGAGCCAAAUCCUCCCUCUCUACUUGACCCCAGGGUCACUGUGGAAGGUCUGUUGGCCAACAGUUCUUUCUGUCCACUUCUCUUUCCUUCCCAGUUCCUACUCCCUUUGACUUCAGCUGCCUGAAACAGCCAUGUCCGAGGUCUUCACUUCUAUCCAAAGAACUUGAUUUGCAUGGAUUUUGGAUAUAUCAUUUCAGUAUCAUCUCCAUCGUAUGCCUGACCCCUUGCUCCCUUCAGUGCUAGAAAAUCAAGUUGGCAAAAUCGGGUUUGGGCCCCUCAGAGCCCAGCCGUGUACUCUUGUACAGUGUCUGUGCCAUGGAUUUUGUUUUUCUUGGGGUACUCUUGAUGUGAAGAUAAUUUGCAUACUCUAUUGUAUUAUUUGGAAUUAGAUCCUCACUUUGGGAGAAAAAAAAAAAAGAAAAGCCAAGCAAACCAAUGGUGAUCCUUUGUUUUGUGAUGAUGCUGUGACAAUUAAGUUUGAAGCUUUUUUUGAAACAGCAGUUCUCGGUAUUAAUUGGAGCAUGUGUCAGAGUGUUGUUCUGUUAACCUUUUUGUAAAUAUUGCCCGACUGUACUCUCACAUGUGGCAAAGUAUGGUUUGGUUUUUCUCCUUUUUUUUUUGAAAAAAAAAAUUUUUUUUUGUCCUUUUGGUUUAAAAAGUUUCACGUCUUGGUGCCUUUUGUGUGAUGCGCCUUGCUGACAGCUUGACAUGUACAAUUGUGAGGGAUGUGCUCACCUCUAGCCUUAAGGGGGGCAAGGAGUGGUGAUUCGGGGGAGGCUUUGGGAGCAAAAUAAGGAAGAGGGCUGAGCUUGAGCUUCAGUGCUCCAGAAUGUAAGAAAACAAAAUCUAAAAAUCUGAACUCUCAAAAGUCUAUUUUUUUAACUGAAAAUGUACAUUUAUAAAUAUAUUCAGGAGUUGGAAUGUUGUAGUUACCUACUGAGUAGGCAGCAAUUUUUGUAUGUUAUGAACAUGCAGUUCAUUAUUUUGUGGUUUUAUUUUACUUUGUACUUGUGUUUGCUUAAACAAAGUGACUGUUUGGCUUAUAAACACAUUGAAUGCGCUUUAUUGCCCAUGGGAUAUGUGGUGUAUAUCCUUAAGAAAAAUUAAAAGGAAAAUAAAA